AUGACUCGUCGAAAACCUUGCGACACUAGCCUGUCUUUUCACAGCAUUCAGAUCGACAGUUCCCUCCAAAGGCUACAUAGAAGGGUUGCGACCCAGCCUUCCUCUGGAUUCGAUCAAGAAUUUCAAUUCGUGGACGGCCUGCAAAGCAAAGCCCAGCGAAAAAGGACCAGGGCCUUCGUGACAAAACAACACUAUCGGCGAAAGAGGUAUGAGGAACUCGAGUCUGCUACUCUAACCGAGUGCACUCUCUCCAUCAGCGGUGCAACCGGGUCGGCCUCCAAGAGCUCACACGUGCCCGGUAAUGGCAUUCGAGUUCCCAAGGACGAGGAGCGCGAGCUUGUCGAGACACAGAUCAUACUGAGCUCUCACCAGCUGAGGACUUCUUUCAUCGACACUCUCGGCCGUGGGAGGUCUGACCCGUUCGACUCCUAUCCGGUACCGGCCACGCGAGACGUGCAUGAAUUGGUCGACCAUUACUACUUUGUGAUACCAUCACUCGUCCACCGGCAUUGGCAUAGAGCAGUGCGCAAGCCACGCUCAUGUUGGGAUCUCUUCAACCUCUAUCGAAAGCACGAGAUACCAUUCUUAUGCAUGUUGCACCACGCCGCACUCCACCUAGCAACGCUAAAGGGACGGAAAGAAUCUCUCCAAGCGAUUGAAUUCAAGCAGCGCUCUUUAGAGGCUGUGAACAGAAGCCUUCAGGUCCUCCAGGGCCCUUGUGAUGACUGGACCACGAUGGGUGUCGGUCUUCUCGCCAACGCAGAACGUGUCUGGGGGGACCGUGAGAUAGCAAGACUACAUUGGGGUGCACUCAAGCGACUAUUGCUUGAGCGUGGAGGCUUCCCGGCUCUGCGAGACAACCUACCCUAUCACACAAAGAUUGUCUGGAGUUUUAUAGCAUUGUCUUGGCCGACAAUGGAUGGAAACCCAGCCUAUCUCGAUGAAGCCUCAGAAUCGGUCAGUAUAUCGACUGCAACCACAAGCCUACUCUCCGGGUCUGCGUACGAGCGGAGUUGUGACGAACUCGUGGAGUUUGUGAACCGUCGGAAGGCCCAGGCACUCAAGGCCUUGCCCUCAACUGCCGCUCAACAUAAGGCUGUGAAGGACCAUCCACUCCGGACAAAAUCGUUUCAAGCCGGGUCUAAAUUGUCCAUCGCCUUGGACAAUUUCGAGACCGGUUACAAUGACUUCGACAAGCGGCGAGCGGUUGACAACUGUCGGAUGGCGUCGUUGAUCCAUCUAAACUUGGUACUGGCAGAAUUGGGAGACUUUUCGUCUCAGACGGAAACGUAUCUGGCAACGCUACAGCAGAUCCUCGAGGAUGAUGAUGAUGAUAGCGACUUGAGUGCAGAACACCUGCUUUGGACGCUGCUUUCCCUAUCUAAUGGCCAAGGCCAUUUUGAGCGAGUGUGGAAAAUGUCCCGACUCGUUGGUGUCGUCAAGCGGACCAGCUCUUCGAUGUGGUCAACCAUUGAGAAUGUCCUACGCACCUUCCUGCGACUGCCAGCAAAUGCUAGCGACCUCGGUCUUGUCCUUGAAGAAUGGAGCCACGAACGCUUCUUGAUGGAAGCCAAAUCCCCCGUUCAGAAUCUUGCGCAGCCAGUUGGAUGGCCUUCCGAAGCAAGUCUAGAAGCCGGUGUGAACCAAACACUGUGCUCGACUCACUGUAACAUCUGUCCCUUGAAGCCCGCCACAUAUUGA